GGGCCGCGAGAUGGGGAAGAUGGCGGCGGCCGUGGGCUCUAUGGCGACGCUGGCAGCAGAACCUGGAGAAGACGCUUUUCGGAAGCUUUUCCGCUUCUACCGGCAGAGCCGCCCUGGGACUGCUGACCUGGGAGGGGUCAUCGACUUCUCGGCAGCCCACGUAGCCCGCGGCACGGGGCCUGGUGCCCACAAGGUAGUCAAAUCUCAGCUAAGUGUGUCCUCAGUCAGUGACCAUGAUGCAUACAGAGCAGGACUUCAGCCGGUCAGCAAGUGGCAGGCCUACGGACUCCAAGGCUAUCCAGGAUUUAUUUUUAUCCCAAACCCCUUCCUCCCAGGUUACCAGUGGCACUGGGUGAAGCAGUGCCUUAAAUUAUAUUCCCAGAAACCUAAUGUAUGUAACCUGGACAAACAUAUGACUAAAGAAGAGACCCAAGAUUUGUGGGAACAGAGCAAAGAAUUUCUAAGGUACAAAGAAGUGAAUAAACGGAGACCCCGAAGUUUACUAGAAAAACUGCGCUGGGUGACCCUAGGCUACCAUUAUAACUGGGACAGUAAGAAAUACUCAGCAGAUCAUUAUACACCUUUCCCUUCUGACCUGGCUUUCCUCUCAGAGCAAGUAGCUGCUGCCUGUGGAUUUCAGGGUUUCCAAGCUGAAGCAGGUAUCCUGAAUUACUACCGAUUAGACUCCACACUGGGAAUCCAUGUAGACAAAUCUGAACUAGAUCACUCCAAACCCCUGCUGUCAUUCAGCUUUGGACAGUCUGCCAUCUUUCUCCUGGGAGGCCUCAAAAGAGAUGAAGCUCCCACCGCCAUGUUUAUGCACAGUGGUGACAUCAUGGUAAUGUCAGGUUUCAGCCGCUUGGUGAACCAUGCAGUCCCCAGGGUCCUUCCCAGUCCCAAAGGGGGAAGCCUGCCUUGCUGCCUAGAGACACCUCUCCCAGCUGACCUCCCCAAAGACUCAGUAGUAGAGCCCUGUUCUGUGGAGGACUGGCAGGUGUGUGCCAGCUACUUGAAAACUGCUCGUGUUAACAUGACCGUCCGGCAGGUUCUGGCCGUGGGUCAGGACUUCCCUUUGGAACCCGUGGAGGAGAAUAAAAGAGACAUCACCACGGAAGGUUUCUGCCACCUGGAUGAUGGGAAUAGCCAAGUAAAACGAGCUAGGUUAAACCCUGACUGCUGAGACGUGGACAGCCCACGCUUUUACUCAGGCAGGUCCUACAGUAAAUGACACGCUGUUUUUUAUUGCCAUAGACUAGCACUGAGACAUGCCAGAAACAGGGAAAAACUCAUCACUGAUCACACUGUUGCCUUGGAACCUAUCCUGAAGAGAAAACUGAUGAACCACUUUGUUCAGAGAAGUGUGUGACACGGUCCAGUCCUGGUUAGGUUUUGGCACUAAUGUGUGUAGGAAGUCCAAGGAGUUAUGACCUUCCACAGUAGCCUUCUCAGCCUCUGCCAUUACCUCUGAGGGAGGUAGAAGGGAGGUUCCAUGUCUGUGGAGUCUAAAUACCUCAGGUUUUAUUGAUGGGAAACGUCAUACCCCUCCCACUACCCCAUUCUGUGGUAAAAUUGUGGUUCCAUGAACCAUCAGUCUUAAUUCUUCCAUUCAACAUCAAACUCUUUGAUCUUCUCUGGCCUUCACAGAAGAAUCCUAUAUGCAUUAAGACAGUGGAACUAGAAGGCACAUCCCCUAGAAAAGAAAUUAGUCACAGCUAUCUCCUUGCCUAAGGAAUAUGUAUAAACCUAAGGAAAGGGGAGCAGUCAUUUCUCCAGAUGUCUCUUAGGUCUCUAAACUCUUCCCGUUGGCUUUUAAAUACAGUUUUAAUUGUUGGACUGAAAAAGUCUCAAGGGUAUUCUGUAACUGUUUUUUCCGUGAAUAAACUUAUUCACUUUUAAAUUAAA